AUGUUGCGGAUAGCGCCAACGACCGACCGCUCACUCUGAGGUCUGAGCCCAGGAACACGCUCAAGAAAGUCAGCCAGAUCCGGAGUUCUGCAGUCCGCACCGCUCUCUCUCACUCGUCGACGCCAAAAAUCCCAAAUCCGCUGCGAAAACCUCAGCGAUGGCGGCAUCGCCGUAUUUCCUCCUCCUCCUCCUCUUCCUCUUCCAUCCAUUAGCUGCACUCGCCCCCCUCGCUCCUUCGCCUUCGCCUUCGCCUUCGCAGCCAUCGCCGCCGCGUUCUCAGCCACCGCCGCCGCGGGUGCCUCAGCAAGUGCAGGUGUGGCCCAAACCGGUGUCCAUCUCGUGGCCGCUGCCGGUAUACGCGCCGCUCUCCCCGUCGUUCAGCAUCCGCGCCUCGCCGUCGCACCCGUCGCUCCGUCACGCCAUCGCGUACUACACCCGCCUCAUCCGCACCGAGCGGCACGCGCCGAUUAUGCCCCCCGUCAACUACACAAUCGCCGGCGUCCCCAUCCGCCUGCUCGCGCUCUCCGUCUCCGACCCCGACACCAAGCUCGGCCCCGGCGUUGACGAGUCCUACACGCUCUCCGUGCCACCCAAUUCCAGCUCCGCUGACAUCUCCGCCGCCACGCCCUGGGGCGUCAUCCGCGGUCUCGAGACCUUCUCCCAGCUCGCCUGGAGCAGCAGCGCCGCCGCCGCGGGCGGCCAGCCGAUCGUCCCCAGCGACCUCGAAAUCUCCGACCACCCCCUCUUCACCCACCGCGGCGUCCUCCUCGACACCGCACGGAACUACUACCCCGUCGGUGACAUCCUCCGCACCAUCCGCGCCAUGGCCGCCAACAAGCUCAAUGUGUUCCAUUGGCACAUCACCGACGCCCAGUCCUUCCCCAUCGUCCUCCCCUCCGUCCCCAACCUUGCCAACUUGGGCUCCUACAGCCCCACCAUGCGCUACACCGAACAGGACGUCCGCCGCAUCGUCCGAUUCGCCGAGUCCUUCGGCAUCCGCGUCAUCCCUGAGAUCGACAUGCCCGGGCACACGGGGUCGUGGGCGGCCGCGUACCCGGAGAUCGUGACCUGCGCGAACAAGUUCUGGGCGCCCAAGGCGAAGCCGGCGCUGGCAGCGGAGCCCUGCACGGGGCAGCUGAACCCGCUCAACCCCAAGACGUACCGCGUGGCGCAGGACGUGCUGCGCGACCUGGCGGCCUUGUUCCCGGACCCGUACCUCCACGCGGGCGCCGACGAGGUGAACACGGCGUGCUGGGAGGACGACCCCGUGGUGCGGGGCUUCCUGGCGGACGGCGGCUCCCACGACCGCCUGCUGGAGCUGUUCGUGAACGCGACGCGGCCGUUCCUGGUGCACGAGCUGAACCGCACGUCGGUGUACUGGGAGGACGUCCUCCUGGGGCCCAAGGUGUCUGUCGGGCAGACGGUGCUGCCCCGCGACACCACCGUGCUGCAGACGUGGAACAACGGCGCCGCCAACACCAAGCGCGUCGUGUCGGCCGGGUACCGCGUCAUCGUCUCCUCCUCGUCCUACUACUACCUGGACUGCGGGCACGGCGGCUGGGUGGGCAACGACAGCCGGUACGACGUGCAGGAGAAGGAGCACGAUGGCAUGCCGCUGUUCAACGACCCCGGCGGCACGGGCGGGUCCUGGUGCGCGCCCUUCAAGACGUGGCAGCGCAUCUACGACUACGACAUCCUGCACGGGCUGACGGAGGACGAGGCGAGGCGGGUGCUGGGCGGCGAGGUGGCGCUGUGGUCGGAGCAGUCGGACGCCGCGGUGCUGGACAGCAGGCUCUGGCCCAGGGCCUCCGCCGCCGCCGAGACGCUCUGGUCCGGGAACAAGGGCUCCAACGGCAGGAAGCGGUACGCCAACGCCACGGUCCGGCUCAACGAGUGGAGGCACCGCAUGGUGGCGCGCGGCAUCCGAGCCGAGCCGAUCCAGCCGCUGUGGUGCCCGAUGCACCCGCACAUGUGCAACCUCUCGCAGUAGCAGAGCAGCCGCCUCGUAGAGAGAGAUAGGAUAUGCAGUGCAGGGAGUCAUACAGGGGCAGACAGGGAGUCGGAACUUGGUGCAAGAACCUUCGGCAUCGGUAUUCGGAUCGAGGUCCGGAUGAAUCAAGAACAGAAUAAAACCAAGGCUAUCCCCAAUGUGCCAUGACCAUCUUUGAUUUCAUCUUGGUUUGCUCAAUCGUGUCAUGAAGUAACAGGUGCAUCAUUUGCUCUGCACUAAAAAAUUCCCAACUCCCAAGUUAAACAAAAUUGGGGAAAAAAAUCAUUAGUAGAAGAUUUUCUGUUGGCUUGUCCAAUAAUACAUGAGUGGCACACAUGUACUUGGUAUUCGACUUGAUGAUUUGUAUGUAUGUACUGACGUAAAGUAGGGGGAAAAUUAGGCCACAGAAGUCAAAAUUUUUUCGUCUA